AUGAGGAGACUGGAGCGCAAAGUGCUUAGUGAAGUCUGCUGUCGAUUAAGAAUUUUUCUUUCCAUCGCAGCAUUUAGUUUGGCUACUGCUAUUGUUGUUGUACCAUUUUUUGUUUACAAUUUCACACGUUCAAUUACAAAAGUCUCAAAUACAUCAAUCCACCGAUUGUCAACAAAUAUUAUUCCAUCGCAUUAUCGAUUGUAUAUUGAUGCUAGUCAACUUGAAGAACUCGUUUUUCAAGGAACUUUAGAUAUUGAUAUUCAAAUUAAAAAAAUUACAGCCGAAAUUAUAUUAAAUAGUGUAAAUUUAAAUAUAACAGAAGUAGGAUUUCAAGAUCAUAAGUUUACAUCUAUUGUUUUAAAUGGAUCAGUGGAAUUCAAUCGAGAAUAUGAACAAGCGAUCAUUAAAUUUCAUCAACAAUUAAAUCCUGGAAAUGGUCGUCUAUAUUUAUCAUUCAACGGUAAAAUAAAUGAUCAACUGAAUGGAUUCUACCGAACACAAUCUGAUAAUUUUCUAGGUGCUUGUACACAAUUCGAACCUGGUUAUGCUCGGCAAGCGUUUCCUUGUUUCGAUGAGCCCUCGUUUAAAGCUAAUUUUACAAUCACGAUUCGAUCUCACAAAAAUCUAACAACAUUAAGUAAUAUGCCAGUAAAAUCAAAGUCUAAUGGUGGAAAUGAUACGUAUGUUUAUGAAUUCGAAACAACGCCGAUCAUGUCGACAUAUCUAGUAGCUUAUGUCAUUGGACACUAUGAUUACAUUGAGGCACGCGACAGCAAUAAUGUACUUAUACGUGUUUACACACCCAUCGGGAAACAAAAACAAGGAUCGUUUGCUUUGAAAACUGCUGCUAAAAUGCUUCCAUUUUAUGCUGAUUAUUUCGGUAUUAAAUACCCGUUGAGUAAACUCGAUAUGGUUGCUGUUUCCGAUUUUGGCUCUGGUGCCAUGGAAAAUUGGGGCCUAGUAACUUAUCGUGAAACGUAUUUACUUGUUAAUGGACAUACGUCGCCACAAAAAACAAAGCAAGACGUGUCGCUUGUUGUUGCUCAUGAAUUAGCACAUCAAUGGUUUGGAAAUUUAGUUACAAUGCAAUGGUGGAACGACUUAUGGCUCAACGAAGAUAAGUAUAGACCAAAUACUCUUCUAUGUAUGUUUGUUUCUUCAUCUUUUUUAAGUUUUGCAACAUGGAUUGAGUUUCUUGCUGUUGAUUAUGUCUAUCCCGAAUUUGAUAUUUGGACACAAUUUGUAUCGGAUACAUUAGCUACAUGUAUGGUUCCUGAUGCCUUACAUAAUAGUCAUCCAAUCGAAAUGCCUAUUGAGAAACCAACUGAAAUCGAUGAAAUAUUCGAUGAGAUUACAUAUGGAAAAGGUUCAAGUGUGAUCCGAUUAAUUCAUGGCUAUAUUGGUAGUGAAGCAUUUCGUCGUGGCCUUUCGAAUUAUCUUGCAGAAUAUUCAUAUAAGAAUACUAUUACCGAUAAUCUUUGGUCACAUUUAUCUAGAGCAUCAAAUAAUUCUCAUCUAUCAAGUAUACUUUCAACAUGGACGAAACAAAUGGGUUAUCCUCUACUUACAGUAAAAGAAAAACAAAGAGGAAAUGAACGAUUAAUAACCAUUGAACAAAUCAGAUUUCUAGCUGACGGAACAAAAGAUGAUAGUUUAAGAUGGAAAAUACCAAUUGAUAUAUGCACUAAAUCCAGUCCUAAUGAAAGCGUCUAUCAACUGUAUUUAAAUGGAGAAAAGAAACAAGAAUUUUUAUUAGAAAAAAUACCUUCAACUGAUUGGAUUAAAUUAAAUUUAUUCAGUGUUGGUAUAUAUCGAGUUGAUUAUCCUCAAUCGAUGCUUGAAGCACUAACACCUGGUAUCGAUGAUCAGACACUUUCGCCUCAAGAUCGCUUUAAUAUUCAAGCAGAUGUGUUUGCACUAGCACGUGCCGGUCAAAAGGGUUACGUUGACUAUCUAAAAUUACUUCGUCAAGCUUAUAAACACGAGGAGAAUUUAACUGUUUGGAAAUCUAUAUUACGACAAUUAUCGGAUCUUGGUUCAAUAUUUGAAUAUGCAUAUUUAAAUAAUACAAAAUUACUUUAUCGGUCCUAUGUGUGUGACCUUCUGUUAAAUAUUUAUAAUAAAUUAACAUGGGAUCCAUUACCAAAUGAAAGUUCUCAAGCAAUAAUACUUCGUAGUAUUAUAUUAUUACACAUGGGUGUUAAUGAACAUGAUAAAACACGUGACGAAGCAGCCGCUCGCUUUGAAAAAAUAUUUAUUCACAGCAAUGAAGACAAUUUCAUGGAUCCAAAUAUUCGUGGGGCAGUUUAUUUAACUGUAGCUAAAACAGGAAAUCAACGUACAUUUGAUCAACUUAAAUCGCUUUACAUGAAAUCUGACGCACAAGAAGAGCGGCUCAUUUUGUUAAAUGCACUCAGCCAUUUCGAUGACGAAUCACUUCAAUACAAAGCCCUUGAUUUUUUAUGGAAUACGACUCUAGUUCGAAAACAAGAUCAUUUAAGUGCAUUUUCUUCAUUGGCCGCUCAUAAUCGCCGUGGUUCUGAAAUCUGUUGGAUGUAUAUGCAAGAAAAUUGGAAGAAAAUUGUACAACUUUAUGGUGAACACGACUCGCAUUUGAUUCAUUAUAUUGAAAAUAUACCAGGAUUGUUCGCUAGUGUAGAGCGAAGUGAAGAAGUUCGAAAAUUCUAUAUUGCUCAUCCAAAUCCGUUUUUGGAUAGAUCGAUAAAAAAAGUACUGGAACAAAUCAACAUUCGACGUCUUGUACUGGAACGUCAUGAACAAAGUAUUAAUCAGUUUCUAAGUGUGAGGUUAAUAAAAAAACGUUUUUCACGAUUGUGA